UGCAAACUGGAGCCAUUCGGAAAUCUGGCAACAGCGAACUUGAUAAAUAUAUUAUAUUUAGAUUAAACAAAAUGAGCUCCAACCACCGUCCCCUGGACGAUUCGGAUAUCCUGCUGAUCCGGACCAUCCGCGAUACGCCGUCGCUGUACGAUCCCCAGCUGCCCUCGUUCCGGCUCUCUCAGCGCAAGGAGGAGGACUGGGCCAGAGUGGCAAAUGUGCUUAAUAUCUCGAUCAUGGACGCUCGGCGGCGAUGGACAUGUCUGCGGGAUCGCUACUCCCGGGAACUCAAGCAGAUGCGUCUACAUCCCUCCGGUGAUUUUGGCCACAACGACUUCUUCCGGAAGAUGGACUUCCUGAGGGACUUUGUGCGAAAGCGUCGCGAGCGACGAGGACGAGACCGGGAUCAAAAGCCAUCUGGCUGGAUGAAGGUGGAUCUAAAGCGACGACGUCGCAUCCGUAUACCCAUAGACACGGACUCGCUGAUCGAGGAGCAAGGCUCGGGGUAUGAAGAGGGCGAGGAGCAGCAGGACUUCGACACAAAGCUGGAGGCGCAGACCACGCACUCGGAGACAUAUUCGGUGCUCGUGGAGGCGGACGAUGGCCAGGAGCAGGAACAGGACAGCUACGAGGAUUUCCUGGCCGAUACAGAGUGCGAGCAAAAGGUCAAGGUGGUCACUAUCCAUCCGGAGAUGGCUGCUCCGAAGGCAAUAUCCAGACCACCGAGUACGCCUGUGGAGCCCAGUCAUGUGGACGUAAACUAUGUGGUCUGUAUGCCGCCCGAUGCGGGCCAGGAGCGAGAGCAUUCCGGCACAGAACAAGCUAAUUCCCCGGUCCUCAUCACCCCAAACAACUCUGGAUCGGAGGACGAUUUCUUCUGCAAGUCGGUCGCCGCCUACCUACGUCAACUCUCGCGCGUGCACAAGAUCAAGGCCAAGGUGGAGAUGUACCAGAUCCUGGAGAAAUACAUAAUGCUCGAGGAGAGCGGAACGGGGUCGGGUGAGGGCGGAUCGGGCUAAACCGGAUACUGGAUGCAUAUGUACAUAGGUUUUAACGUAGUUUUUUAAUGCAGUACAAAUAUACAAAGUGACG